AUGUUCUGGACAAACGACCUUCUCAUGGCCAAGAGCGGCUCCUUGGGAACAGUCUGGCUCAUCUCCACCCUUGGCCCCCGUAACAAGCGCAUCAAACGCAAAGACCUAGCUAAAGUCGAAAUCACUCGCACUUGUGAACUCAUUGCGGCGCCGCCCGAACCCCUUGCCCUCCGUUUGAGUGGCCAGCUUUUAGCCGGCGUUGCUCGCGUCUUUGCACAAAACCAUGAGAACUUUUACACUGAUCUUCAGGAUUUCGAUUCAACACUCCGCCGCUCCAUCGCCGCUGACUUCGGUGCGAUGGGCACCCUUGCCAGCAACGGCGAGAUUGACCUCCCCGGUGAUGGCUGUGCUCGACUUGAUCAGAUCACCUUCGCCGACUACGUUCCCGGUGUCGCAGACAUCUCUUGGAGCGACUAUGAUUUUGCCAGAUGGCCCUCCUCUUCUGCUUCCGAGGACGCUAAUGAGGAAAUGCAAAAAGAACCGGACAAAUCUCGUGCUUCGCGCCCCAAAGCGUUCGCCCACAGCCAAACGCCAACGUACCCGCCAGUUGAGCCUGCGGUAGAAGACGUGCCUGAUGCGUUCGAGCCUAUGAUUCUCGACAUCGAUUUGAUGGACCCAAUGCCCAGUGAUUCAUCGUUUAGCGGCCGCCCGCUAUCUCCUGCGCCCCACGCCAACGGUGGUGACAUUGACAUGUCUCUUGCACAUCCACUUUCUCCUGGCAAGUUUCACCCGUCUCCCAUUGACAAUCACCAGCAGAAGCCCGUCAGUAGCCAAGAGGCAUCUGACAGUGGGACACAAUCUCCUCCUGCCCCCGAUCUGAAGACGAAAAGUAAAAGUAGCAAGACCCGGCAAACUAAGCAGGCCAAGGUCGUUCUUGAUCAGCUCCUCGAGCUCGAUCUUGACCUCGACAUGACAGAGACCGCUUACGAGGCGGCCAUGGCAGAACAGCGGAAGGAGCUCAACGUCAAAGCUCGUGUGAAGGCCACAUCCAAGUUCGCAGAACGUUUGCUUGGAGGGCUUAACGUGUACUUCAAUUACCUGGAUCCGGAUAUGGGAUCGAUGGUGGACAAUUUAUGCAAGACGAGCCAGUUCAAAUGGCAGCUGGACAAGAAAGCUACCCCAGCGCCACAACUGGAUCAUGAGAACCCCGUUGGAAAUCAUGAGAAUAUCGGCCCUCAUGCCUCGAGUGAUGAGCAUUCCAUGUACCCGCAGCCCGCGUUCGGCGCAUAUCCGAUUGAUCUCCAUGAAGUUCCCGACCUCCCUGAGGUUCCUCGGCACAACUUCGAUUGGGUCGCCGAAUCUGACUUCUCCGACCUGCCGGGCCCACUCGAUUCUCAUCAGACAACUCCGGCACGACUCAACACUCCACGCAUCAGCGACAUGUCGCCCCUGGAGCGCUCCAUUCGGAAACACCAUCGCCACUCGUCCAUGACCCGCGAUGUUACUGGGCGAGACUUUACUAACUGUUCUCGCUCUGGGUCGGUCCUUAGCAUCAGUCACGCUGGACUCGACCGCAUUCAGCUGGUUCCAGAUGAGGACCUUGAUGAACUUCCCGACGAUUACCGCUUCCCGCCGGGCCACCCCUUCGCACCGAAGAUGCUCGCCACUCUGGAGCCUCAGUGCCGCUACUUCUUCAGCCACGUGGACAAGACCAUGAUCAAGACCGGCACAGAUGAGCUCGAGCUUCGCGAUCUUGUGCCCCGCGGUCAGAAGAAACGUGUCGCCGCAGCAGCCUUCCACAAUUGCCUCACACUGGCCACUAAAGGUCUACUCCAGGUCACGCAAGCCACCGCCAACGGUCCCAUUACGAUGCGCAUCCCUCCCGCGUAA